AUGGCUGCUACGAGACCGGUGCAGUAUUUGCUACGAAGGGUUUGCAGGGGAAGCAGGAGUUUUGGGGUUGCAACAGAAGUUAAUACUUCUUCCUCUUCUUCUCAGAGAAUCAUCGACAAGGAAUAUGAACACAGUGCUCACAAUUAUCAUCCACUUCGGAUUGUAUUUUCUCGAGCAAAGGGAGCCUCUGUUUGGGAUCCAGAGGGAAACAAAUAUCUUGAUUUUCUAGCUGGUUAUUCUGCUGUUAACCAGGGGCACUGCCAUCCUAAAAUUCUGAAAGCGCUACAAGAACAGGCAGAAAGGCUGACCGUCAGCUCCCGAGCCUUCUAUAAUGAUUGUUUUCCAGUCUUUGCAGAGUAUGUGACAACCAUGUUUGGUUAUGAUAUGGUACUUCCUAUGAAUACUGGGGCUGAAGGUGUGGAAACAGCCAUGAAAUUAGCACGAAAGUGGGGUUAUGAAAAGAAAAGAAUUCCCAAAGAUGAGGCUAUUAUUGUCUCAUGCUGUGGCUGCUUCAAUGGUCGUACACUGGGUGUCAUAUCUAUGAGCUGUGAUAAUGAAGCUACCCGUGGUUUUGGUCCUUUAUUACCUGGCCAUCUUAAAGUUGAUUUUGGUGAUGCAGAUGCCCUUGAAAGAAUUUUUAAAGAAAAAGGAGAACGCAUAGCUGCAUUUAUUUUAGAACCCAUACAAGGUGAAGCUGGGGUAAUAAUUCCUCCUGUUGGCUAUUUAAAAGCUGUUAGAGAUCUUUGCUCCAAAUAUAACAUCUUGAUGAUUGCUGAUGAAAUACAAACUGGGUUAGCAAGAACAGGGAAGAUGCUGGCUUGUGAAUGGGAAGAAGUUCGCCCAGAUGUUGUGGUACUCGGUAAAGCACUGGGUGGAGGAGUUAUACCAGUUAGUGCAGUUCUUGCAGACAAAGAUCUGAUGCUUUGUAUACAACCUGGACAGCAUGGAAGCACCUUUGGGGGAAAUCCAUUGGCCAGUGCAGUUGCGAUUGCUUCACUAGAAGUGAUAAAAAAUGAAAGAUUAGUUGAGAGAUCUGUCCAAAUGGGAAAGGAGCUCGUUAGUAAGCUUCUCGAGAUUCAAGAGCAAUACCCAAAUUACGUGAAGGAGAUACGAGGAAGAGGAUUAUUCAUUGGAGUGGAGCUUAACAGCAAAAAUCUUUUUCCUGUAUCAGCAUAUGAGCUUACUGAAAAAUUGAAGGAAAGAGGAAUCCUUGCCAAGUCAACACAUGAUACAAUUAUCCGCUUUACUCCACCACUUUGCAUUAGGUAA